AUGAAACCCCAGUCAAAAGUCGUUGCGACGGCCGAUAGAGUAGAAGAGAACCAAGCUGCGGCUACAUCUUCUACUAAGUGGCUUCCAACUGCCUUUCCCUCAUCCACCAUCAUUACGAUCAUCGUUGGCUCGAAGAAACAUAGUUUCUCAGCACAUAAGGAUGUGCUGACCGCAAAGUGCCCCUUCUUCGCUAAUUGCCUUGCUUCUGGCCUCGAAGAAAGCGUGAGCAACACAGUAACUUUCCCGGAUGAUGAUGACAGCAGAUGCUUUCUUCAUUUUUUCCAAUGGAUAUAUCAUGAGGCCGUCCCGGACCUCUAUGAAGCAGACAAAGGUGCGCGGGGGCUGAGUUUGGACGUCAAAACCUGGGUGUUGGCCGACAAGUUAUGCAUGCUAGAAUGGCAGGAUCGGAUCAUGACAGAAAUUGGAAAACGCACCAAGUUGAUACAAGCGAGUAAACUCCUUUGGUUGCUUGAGAAUGGUUCGCAGAAGUCCAUGAUUUUCAGAUUUGUCUGGGAUCAAUUGGUAUGGACUCUGGCUCGCUAUCCCAAGCACUACCGUAAGAAGGACGAAGCAGAGCAUGGCACGGGGGCCAAUGGACUUCGGAAACUAGUGUCAUCGUGUUUCGCAGCCUCUCCGAUUGUCACAAUCAUCGUUGGAGCCAAACGUCACUGCUAUGCAGCGCACAAAGAGAAGUUGAUCGAGGAAAGCCCAUUCUUCAGACUGUGCCUGAAUCCUCAAAUGAAAGAAGGACAAGCCAAUGAAGUCGAAUUCCCCGAAGAUAGCUGUGUGUCAUUUGACAGCUUCUUCCUUUGGAUCUACAGCCGGAAUGUUCCAAGUGCAGCGACCCAAACAGAAGUGGCCGGAAUGAUGAAGGCGUGGGUGCUCGCAGACAAGCUUUGUAUGCCUGAAUGGCAGAACAAGUUCGUGGAUGGCUUGGCGGAUUUCUGGCGCCGGUGUGUUUUUCAACCUCAGCACCUGAUCUGGCUGUUUGAUAACGUUGAUCAAUCAUUGCCUCUCUUCCUACUGGGCUUCAGGCAAUUAGCGUGGGACUUGUCGAGUGACCCUGGGAGACACCAGGACGACUAUGCAAAAGAGCUUGAGGUUCUGUUGGCAAAGCAAGAAUAUCUUCCUGUCCCUAUCCUCUUUGCAGUCGUGAACGCGAAAGAUAUAGCAAAAGAACCUGCGACGCGGCCUGAGAAAUAUCACGUCCGCGCGAACGAGCCUCAUCAAGCAGGACGGAUUGAAGAUACCGAGUGGUGA